AUGAAGCCUCUCGGUCUGAUUAAUGCUCCGGUUGCGUGCAAAGUUAGUUAUUUCAUCGACGCCCCAUCGGCUACGUGGGAUAGAGACAAGUUAGCUGCAAGUUUCUCUUCUCAGGAGGUCUCGGAUAUACUGAAAAUUCCCUUAAGCAGAAGGCUCCCCCCUGACAAGGUAUUUUGGUAUCCGAACAAGAAUGGGUUUUAUACGGUAAAAUCUGGUUAUUAUAAGGCGUGUGCGAUUAUUAAUAGAGAGUCUGCGAGCUCUUCUUCUUCUGCUAUUACUAGUAAUGAGAUAUGGAAAAGGAUUUGGAACUGCUCUAUUCAACCUAAGAUUAAACACUUCCUUUGGAGGAUAUGUCAUGGUGCUCUUCCUUGUACUGAUAAUCUAGUAAAGCGUUCAGUCCCAGUUUUGAAUUGCUGCCCGCGCUGUGGUGUUUCGCCUGAAAACGACCUCCAUGCUCUCAAGAAUUGUGAUGAAGUCAGAGGUAUUUGGCUUCUCUCCCCGCUGAGUUUAAGAUCAGACUCGUUCCAAGCUUCGUCUAUGGUGGAACGGAUGAAUCAUAUGUUUACUUCGUUGAAAGGAGAAGACAUACAAACAUUCCUAACUUGCCUUUGGGUCAUUUGGAAUGAUCACAACAACAUUGUCUUCAAUAACAAAAGGGUGCCUCUCCCAUUGCUGUUUCGUUGCGUAUCUGAAUUCAGUAGUAUCAACUCAGGUAGUCGAGGUCGGCACCGUACCACACCUGAAAAUGUUUCUUGGAAAGCUCCUCCGGCCAACGCUUUUAAGGUCAAUUCUGAUGCAGCGGUGGCUCUUCACAGGAACAUGUCAGUUGCUGCUACAGUUUGCAGGGAUGCGACAGGGAAGGUACUUAAGUGCGGGGUGAAAAUAUUGCAUGGGAUUGUCGACGUGGAACUGGCUGAAGCCCAGGGUAUCAUGCUAGGGUUGCAGAUGGCUAUUACGAUUCCUGGUUUGAAGAUGGUUGUAGAAUCUGAUGCCUUAAAUGUUAUUCACAGAUUGCAGCACCCGAGCUUGUUCUUAGACAAUAUUCAGCUUGUUAUUGAAGAUUGUUUGGACUUAGUUAAGGAUGCAGACGUGGUUUUUCAGCAUGUCCGGAGAAAUGAUAACACGGUUGCCCACACCCUAGCUAAAUGGGGCGUCUUCUUUGAUAGUGAUAAACUUUUUGACGGUGAAAUUUCUUUCCCGGUCAAUGAGCUUAUAAUUUUGACUUCUUAA